UUCAUUAAUGUCAUUGUUCUGAAUGUCUGGCACCCCGGUCGCUACCUUCCCAAGUCCAACAAGCUCUAUUUGGGCGAAGAUGGACAAGAGAUUUCGGCAAACAGGGGUGGCUGGGACGACGAACGUCCUUUCUUGCUCACCCUCUUCGAUCCUUUCAAUAUCGGUGGACUCAUCAAGGAAAGGAAGGAGAAGAGGAAGCAGCGACAAGCUAAUGGAUUUGUCGAGGAGAAGAAGACCACCGAGGUUGCGUAG